AUGGACGGUUCGCCGGAGCGUCUGCAAAACUUCAUUUCAAAAUGCGCGGCAGAUGAGGGGUUGGCUGUUGAGGAAGUUUCAAACUCUCCCCUCACAAGCCAAACGUCGAGUUUGCCCGGUAAUUCUUGCCAAUUUCCAGCAGGGGACUCUUUUGAAAAGCUGCUGCUGGACGCACAGUCCAGAAUCGGAACUUGGCUGUCGGCCGUGGAUGCCCAGGCAGACUCCACAGCCUCAAGGUCACUUCCGGGACAGGCAGAAACGCCGGAUGCGUCUGAGCAAGUGUCACCACUGCCGCAGCCAAAGGUGUCUGCCGCAGCCAGGAGACUGCAAGAGUGGAGGUUGACACGGGAGUCCACGUUGACUGCGGAGACGGAGGCUCCGCACGCAGCGACGGUCUCAGCUGAGCCGAAGCAGGAGCGUGGCGAAAGUGGUAAAGCACAGCCAAGUGACCCAUUCGUAGAGGCAACAGUUGGGGAGGCCGUGGUCCGAAUUCGGAUAUCGGAAGAAGAGUCCAAAACAGUCGCACAAUUGGCUGCCACCUUCGAGCAGUCCAACGUGCCAAAGGGGAAGGCCGAUGCCACUUCUGCGUUGUCCAAGACACCCAUGCAGGAGGAAGGUGACGAGCAGCCGGCUAGAGCUAGAGAAGCUGAAAGAGCAGAUGAGGCGCCCAAGGGCCCGGAGGACAAAGUUCCGAGCUCAGAGGCCCUGCAGGCGGCCGCUGGAAAGCUCAUGGAGAGGGUCAAAGCUGCCAGAGAGAGAAAGAAGCGGCCGGAAGAGGCAGCCGUGGAGAAGCCCACACUACAGGAAAGCGCUCGCCUGGAGGAGGAAGAGGUGGCUGUGGAGAAGCCCUGUGCAGAGGAACCGGAGGAGACGCACGGAGAAGAGGAGCCGGCAGCGGCGCAGCCCGGCCAGGCGGUGGAGGAACGGCUUGAAGAAGAGAAGCCGCCCGCAGAGGAAGAGGAGCUGACCGAGAAGGUCCUGGCACAGGAGGGGGAGGUGGCUGUGGAGAAGCUCUGUGCAGAGGAACCGGUGUGCCUGCAUCAAGCGAAGCAAGCAGACAUGGAUCCCGCGAUAUCCUGGGUUGCAUGCGCACAGGAGCCGGCAGCGCCGCAGCCGGGCCAGGCGGUGGAGGAGCCGGUUGCGGUGAAGAAAGGCCAGGCGCAGGAGGAGGCAAAAGAACAAUUUGAGGAAGAGAAACAGCCGCAAGAGGCUGACAAGGUCCCGGCAGAGGAAGAGGAGCCGGUUGCGGUGGAGAAAGGCCAGGCGGAGGAGGAGGCAAAGGAACAACUUGAGGAAGAGAAACAGCCGCAAGAGGCAGAGGAGCUGACCAAGAAGGUCCCGGCAGAGGAAGAGGCAGAGCCGGCUGCGGUGGAGAAAGGCCAGGCGGAGGAGGAGGCAAAGGAACAACUUGAGGAAGAGAAACAGCCGCAAGAGGCAGAGGAGCUGACCGAGAAGGUCCCGGCAGAGGAAGAGGCAGAGCCGGUUGCGGUGCAGAAAGCCCACACGGAGGAGCAGGCAAAGGAACAACUUGAGGAAGAACAACAGCCGCAAGAGGCAGAGGAGCUGACCGAGAAGGUCCCGGCAGAGGAAGAGGCAGGGCCGGUUGCGGUGGAGAAAGGCCAGGCGGAGGAGGAGGCAAAGGAACAAUUUGAGGAAGAGAAACAGCCGCAAGAGGCAGAGGAGCUGACCGAGAAGGUCCCGGCAGAGGAAGAGGCAGAGCCGGUUGCGGUGGAGAAAGGCCAGGCGGAGGAGGAGGCAAAGGAACAACUUGAGGAAGAAAAACAGCCGCAAGAGGCAGAGGAGCUGACCGAGAAAGUCCCGGCAGAGGAAGACGCAGAGCCGGUUGCGGUGCAGAAAGCCCACACGGAGGAGCAGGCAAAGGAACAACUUGAGGAAGAACAACAGCCGCAAGAGGCAGAGGAGCUGACCGAGAAGGUCCCGGCAGAGGAAGAGGCAGAGCCGGUUGCGGUGGAGAAAGGCCAGGCGGAGGAGCAGGCAAAGGAACAACUUGAGGAAGAAAAACAGCCGCAAGAGGCAGCGGAGCUGACCGAGAAGGUCCCGGCAGAGGAAGAGGCAGGGCCGGUUGCGGUGGAGAAAGGCCAGGCGGAGGAGGAGGCAAAGGAACAAUUUGAGGAAGAGAAACAGCCGCAAGAGGCAGAGGAGCUGACCGAGAAGGUCCCGGCAGAGGAAGAGGAGCCGGUUGCGGUGGAGAAAGGCCAGGCGGAGGAGGAGGCAAAGGAACAACUUGAGGAAGAACAACAGCCGCAAGAGGCAGAGGAGCUGACCGAGAAGGUCCCGGCAGAGGAAGACGCAGAGCCGGUUGCGGUGGAGAAAGGCCAGGCGGAGGAGGAGGCAAAGGAACACUUUGAGGAAGAGAAACAGCCGCAAGAGGCAGCGGAGCUGACCGAGAAGGUCCCGGCAGAGGAAGAGGCAGAGCCGGUUGCGGUGGAGAAAGGCCAGGCGGAGGAGGAGGCAAAGGAACAACUUGAGGAAGAGAAACAGCCGCAAGAGGCAGAGGAGCUGACCGAGAAGGUCCCGGCAGAGGAAGAGGCAGAGCCGGUUGCGGUGGAGAAAGGCCAGGCGGAGGAGGAGGCAAAGAUUCACUUUGAGGAAGAGAAACAGCCGCAAGAGGCAGCGGAGCUGACCGAGAAGGUUUUGGCAGAGGAAGAGGCAGAGCCGGCUGCGGUGGAGAAAGGCCAGGCGGAGGAGGAGGCAAAAGAACAAUUUGAGGAAGAGAAACAGCCGCAAGAGGCAGCGGAGCUGACCGAGAAGGUCUUGGCAGAGGAAGAGGCAGAGCCGGCUGCGGUGGAGAAAGGCCAGGCGGAGGAGGAGGCAGCGCUCGAGCGGGCCCGCGCAGAGGAAGAGGAGAGGGCGCGAGUAGAAGAAGAAAGGCUACAACAGGAGGAGGCAGCAGCGCUCGAGCGGGUCCGCGUGGAGGAAGAGGAGAAGGCACGAAUAGAAGAAGAAAGGCUUCGACAGGAGGCAGCGCUCGAGCGGGCCCGCGCAGAGGAAGAGGAGAGGGCGCGAGUAGAAGAAGAAAGGCGACAACAGGAGGCAGCAGAACUUGAGCGGGCCCGCGCGGAGGAAGAGGCACAGCACAGGGCUGCAGGCUACCGUAAGGUCUCAUUUCUCAGCAUCGCAUUGCAGUUGACGAAUUGCGUGCUGGUAGGUAGUCUCGUGGUGACCGAACAUACAGUCUCAGAUCAUAGCACCCGAAUCCACUGCAAGCACCGUCUUCGAUUCAGCAUCGCGGCUGGUGUUGGGUGUAGCGGUUCGGCUGGGUUUGGCAGUAAACCCGUCUCUCACGUGUACAUGCAGUGCUGUACAGUUGCAGUUGAUGCCAGCAGCGCUUCUGUGUGA